AGCCAAGGUAGCUGAUCAUAGGAAGCACCAGAAAAAUAGGUGUCACUCCUCAGUUCAUUAUCACAACUAUGCGAGUAGAAGCACUACAUUGUUCGUAACAUCUUUAGAAAUCUUACAACUGAUCAUUCUAAGAUUUUUCGUACUUAAAAGCUAAACUUAAACAAUCUCCAGAAAAAAUGUUCUGGUUCGCUCUUUACCUCGGUGCGUUCUGCAGCUUUGUGCUUAUCGCCCGACUUGUGGUUCGCUUUCUGAACAGCAGAGAACAGUCCUCCGAUUUCUUAAGGCUCAACAGAACCCGGCUUGACGUGGAUCCCGUUGAAGUACUGCGCUGGUAGUGAUUGGCUGAGCGCCGUUCUGGCUCCAGUACUGAGUCCCGUUCUGGCUCGGGCUGUACUCCUGAGUCCCGUUCUGGCUCCAGUACUUUAACGGGAUUCGUUUACGGGUUGGUUUGAGGGUAGCGCUAAAUUUCUUCCGGGAAGCCGUGGAAACCGAAUAUGUGCUCCAAUUUCCCGACAAAGAAAGAGCCGCCUAUGAAUUGUUGAAGUCUAGACUGAGAGAGAAGAAAGGACCUCUGGACGAGGACGCUGUGGUAGAUGACGCUCUUAAUAAGGGAGAUGAAAAAGCAGGUGCAGGAGGUGGCGAAGAGUCGGAAGAGUCGAAGAGGAAAAAAGCAGCAGAAGCUAUAUUUAUGAGAAGACUAGACGACAAAGAACGUACUAUACUUAGUACUUUCUUUUGAAUUUUUGCCCAUCGCAGUAAUGUCGAAUCACCAGAAAAAGCGUAUGCAUAGAUCUUCUUGCUACCUGGAGAUUCACACAAAUACACGAGGAGCCCUUCUUCAAAAAGCCACCUCCACCUCCCACCUCAGGUCUCGUUCUCGUGAACAUCAGUACACACCCAAAUCUGACCUCAGGUCUCGUUCUCGUCAACGGCCUUCGUCCCGUGAUGCGGCAGAGCAUCGAGAAUAUGGCUAAAUUGCAAAAGGAUCGACCCGGAUAUUUCCGAUUGUGGAAAUCUAAGCUUGUCUCCGAAGACUUCUGGGAAUCCUUGAAGGCUUGUGAGGAAGAAGUAGGACAAGAAAUCAAAGACUUGCAGGAUGAGGUGGAUAGGAUAAAAGCGGGUACUGUAGCUAUUUACAAGUUUUAGGAUCAGGUUAGGUUGUGAAUCCUAACACUAUAAGUUCAUCUAUAGUUAUUUGUAACUACAACUUGUUAAUCAUCCGACUUGGAAUUCCUGGUCAGGAUGAAUACUUGAUCUUCGUCAUACAACUUGGAAACAUGAUCACCAUUUUUUCCAAAAGAAAACACCCACGACUACGCACAGGUCAAGGUGCGCCUUUCUUUCGAGAAGUUUUGGCUGAAUAUCGUCGUGCCAGAGAACAAGAGAAACAAGCCCGUGAUCUAGAACAGGAAUUAGACGAGAAGAAGCGCCGUCUGGCUCAGCUGCGUCAAAAGCAAGCGCAGCAGGAAGUAAAGAUUAUGGAAUUAUACUGCUGUUGCAGUAAGUUUUUGAACGAUGAAAUAAGUGUAAAAAUGUUUUGUUAUUUUCUAAAAAUCAUGAUAGAUGAUGUCAUCAAGAAUGUGACCAAGUCUCCACAAGAACAAGCUAUGUUGAUGUGCGCUCAUGUCUCUAAGCCUCUGCGAAAAGAAAUCGAAAGACGGGAGAAAGAACGGGAGCGCGCCUUGCAAACCUUACUGCUGGAGGAGGAGCGGGAAAUAUCGAAGAAGAACAAGAAAGGUUCGCCAGUGUUGUCUCCGGGAGAUGGCGGUGCAGCUAGGAAAAAGAGAAGGGGGAAAGCGGCGUGAGAGAGGUGAAUCCUCUUCAUCUAGAAAGCGGCGUGAGAGAAGGGGGAUCAAGGUGAAUCCUCUUCAUCUAGAAGAAAAAACCUUUCCAGAGCAUCUUCUAGCACCUGUGUUGAGGGUGUACUAGAUGAACAUGUUGCGUUCUGGAGAUAGGAUCGUGCGACUUCGUCACCAUCUCUGGUGUAUUCUGGUCGACCACGCACUAGAUUAAUUGGUGUGGUCAGGGACGGCGGGGGGGGCAGGAGCAUCUCCGAAGUUUUAACAUUUAGCCAAUGUUGAUGUUGUUAGACCAUAUUAGAGGUUAGAAAAGUGCCAUGUUUUGCGAACUUUUUACAUAUAAGACCGACGACUGGUCUGAACCUUUAUUCAACUCAGAGGACUUUGAACAACAUGUUGAGGACUUCUCUGUUGAAGCCAAUCCAAGAAAUGGCUAUUUCUUCACUCCUAGAGAUUUACAGAUAUGUUAGGAUGCACACGUGUGUAGGCCGUGUAGUAGAUAAGUACCUGGAUGGCGGUGAAGCAGGUGAUCCGAGUUCGAAGAUACAAAACGCCGUUCUUCAAUGCGA